CCUGCACUGACCCCUCAAGAUUUGGUCCAGCACCAGUGCAGGAACGACUCAGCUGCAUGGCCAGAAAUAAUUCCAUCUAUGUGGUUGCAAAUAUUGGGGACAAGAAGCCAUGUGACUCCAGUGAUCCCAGCUGCCCCGGGGAUGGUCGCUACCACUACAAUACGGAUGUGGUCUUUGAUGCACAGGGGAAGCUGGUGGCUCGGUACCAUAAGUAUAAUCUCUUUCUAGGAGAAAAUCAGUUUAAUUAUCCAAAAGAGCCAGAAGCUGUCACCUUUGAGACUCCUUUUGGGAAGUUUGGCAUUUUCACUUGCUUUGACAUCCUUUUCUAUGAGCCUGCCGUGGUCCUGGUGAGCAAGAUGCAGGUGGACACCGUGCUCUUCCCAACAGCUUGGAUGAAUGUCCUGCCCUUUCUGACUGCAAUUGAGUUUCACUCUGCCUGGGCCAUGGGCAUGCGUGUCAAUGUCUUAGCUGCCAAUACUCACAACACCAGCAUGGAAAUGACAGGGAGUGGCAUUUAUGCACCAGCUGGAGCCAGAACAUACUCCUACAACAUGAAAACUGAAGAUGGUCACCUCCUCAUUGCUGAACUAGAUGCACACCCUCGUCUUUCUCCUGCCUCCCCACCUGCUGUCAGCUGGAACUCAUAUGCUCUGAGUAUUGAAAGAUUCUCACAGAAUGACCAUGAAUUCACAGGAAUUGUCUUUGAAGACCUCUUUACUUUCACGGAGCUCGCUAAGCCUGGGGGGAAUCUCACUGUCUGCCAAAAAGACCUCUGCUGUCAUUUGAGCUACAAGAUGGCAGAGAAAAGAGAUGAUGAAGUUUAUGUGCUGGGUGCUUUUGAUGGCCUUCAUGUUGUUGAAGGACAGUACUAUCUGCAGAUCUGCACUCUGCUCAAGUGCCCCAGCACAAACCUGAGCACAUGUGGGCAGCCCAUGGAGAUGGCUCAGACCAAGUUUGAGAUGUUCUCCCUCAGUGGCACGUUUGGCACCAGCUACAUCUUCCCAGAAGUGCUGUACAGCGGGGUGCAGCUGGCCCCUGGGGAGUUCGAGGUGCUAGCUGAUGGACGUCUGAAAAAUCGGAAUACUACAUCAAAGCCAGUUUUGAGUGUAACACUCUAUGGGAGGUGGUAUGAAAAGGACCCUCCAUCCACAUAUCAAGCUUCAGCAUGAUUUCAGUGCAGAUCCUUCAAGCUUUCAUCGACCCGUUUCUGUAAUGCCAAUUAAUCACAAAUAAUGGUAAUUCAUAGUAAUGUUCAUAAUUAAAAUGGCAUUCUAUUUUUCUAGUUGUCUUAUCUACCAGCAUAGUUACUGCACUUUGAUUUAUUGACUUGAUUUUGCAGCAAAAAAUCAAUAUGAUGCUGGACUGUUGUGUGUGUGUUUUUAUAUGAUGGAUUUGGUUGGCAUAGGCUUGGCCUUAAUAUUGGGAACACUAGAAAAUAAAUUCCUCUGAUUUUAGUGGUGUAGGAUUCAGUGGGUUGU